UACAACAUCAGCACGUGCACCGACGACCAGCAGCUUUUGUCCUCGUCUAAAUGCUACGUGGAGUCUCAAGAACGCACCACGGGUAGCAUGAAUUCAACAUCUAUCAACGCUGACUAUUCGUCUAGCAGCUUUGACCAAAGACAUGGAUCUGGUGUCAGGGCGUAGAGACAAACCGGUAAACCUAAACUCAAGGGACAGCGAAGGAUUCACAUUGCUGAUGAGAGCUUUACAACAACCGUCACCUGAAGGUGAACUUGUGGACUUUAACAACAACACUCUAAGAGUUAUUAAACACUUACUGGACAGUGGGGUCGACCCUGAAGCCCGUUCUCCUGAUGGGACGACCGCUUUUGAAAUGGCUGUCCAGUGUAACAACUGGCCUGCAAUACUAGCUCUUCUUCCUCGAUGUGAGGUGAAGAUCGGUGACAAUGUUUUACUGACAGGGACACAGUAUCUUCAUGAGCUGGCUAAACAAAAAGAUAUUUGUGAAGAGAAGCUAAGGUCGUUUACGAAAUGUUUACUAGAACAUGACUUGAACAUCAAUGAGCUUGACAGUGAUUAUAAUUCUCCUUUGAUCCUUGCAGCCAAGCAACAAAACUGGAAUUAUGUUGUUGUGCUGUUACAACAUGGUGCAGAAGCAAAGGUAAAUGUCGACAACCAAUCUCUUUUACAUUUUGUUAUUGCUAACCAUAGAGACAUUCCUCAUGUAACUUUGACAAGUUUGCUGGAUGCGAUGCAAGGUCGGGGAAUUGACUUCAACAGUCUCGACUAUGAAGGAAAGACAAUCUUGUUUACAACGGAGGUGUAUUCUUCUAUCUCUUCUGGACAGGAUCCUUCUGGCUCAUUGUUUAGGAUGCUGGUCAAUAGAGGAGCGAAUCCUUUAGCUGCUGAUUCUGAGGGACACUCACUACUCCGAUUCGCCUUAGAUGUCAAUGAGGAUUUUGAAUUAAACUUACUGAAAUUUCUUGUGCAAACUGGAAUAACUACCUAUCAACCAGCCUUGACAGAAGCUGCCAGAACCAGAAUGGCUGUUUCCGCUUCAGUCUACUCAACUCCAUCUCCAACUCAAGCCGCCUUUAAAGUAGAAGAUGUCCAGGCCUUGAAGCUUCUGGUCGAAUCAGGUGCUAGUAACAACAGGGAAUUGUUUGAGCUCAGUUUGAAGUAUGAGAAAAAAAUUGUAACCAACAAGACAAGAGUAAAGACAGAAAUGAUGGACAUUUUGAAGCACGCUGCCUCUCAGCCUCGGUCUCUCAAGUCUCUGUGUCGCCUGACUGUCUCUCACGCUCUUGGCUGUGGCACCAGAAGGGAAGAGAAGGUCACGUGUCUUCCUGUCCCUCAACGACUUCAGCAGUACAUCCUGUUUCAUGAUAUACUGUCAGAAGAGCUUCAGACUCCAGAAGAAAUAUCUCAUCAUAAGCUGUCUAGGGGGAAUAGAGGAAUGUUUACCCAACCUUUCCGAAUAUUUGUUUGUUGUCACGGCUACGUCUUGUCACGAUCACGUCAACGAAACGUCCCUACUGUACGUAAACACUGAAUGACAGCAACUGGAGAAAAUGUCAAUGAUCACUUGUUUUGUGUGUUUCCCUUUUAAAGCUUUCUGCUUCCUUACCUCUGAAGACUUUUGGCGGAACAUGUUUUACACUGUCAUGUAGUUUAAAAACUUUCUAUUGCACAAAUAUAUAUUUUUGUAUGUGACACGUGAUCCCAAACAUAUUUUUCAUUUACAGGUGCUUCUCCAUGUCAGAAAAUAAAAGAUGUGAACACAACAAUUUACUGAAAAGUUACAAGUUAAAAAUAAUUUCUAAAGGUGACUACUGCCUCCUAAAAGCAGCGCUGACUAUUUCAUUAUGUCAUCAAUUGAGAUAUCACAGUUCAAAGUUUAUACUUAAUGCAUUACAUUGACAGAGGCACGUUCGACUGUAAAUGUUAUCUUCUAUUUUUAACAACUUACUGCUAUUCUUUCUGAUAAAAGAAACAUUUAAAUUUGUGAUUUACAAAAUGCCCCAUGAUAAACAUAACGGCGAUGAGUCGAAUGCCCCAGAUACCCGAUCCCCACCCCAAGUAUCGAUAUCAAGCGACCUCAUAGAGCUACAUGAAGAUAUCUAAUAUCAAAUCUCUGUGUGUCAUUAUUUUCUGCCUGUAAAGUUUACAUUUAACACCUAUCUCUCACUCUAAAUGAGAGGUCCAGCAUCUCAUUUAAAUUAUACUAAUGCUAAGGACUCGCAGAUGUCUAUUCAACUAUUGUCACUGAUGCUACCGUCAGGUGCAAUAACGACAUUAUGAACAAGAAGAAAUUUUAAGAUUUUUCCUGAGAGCUACUGUUACUGUUUAUGAGAACUAUGACAAAGCCUCCAUCUUAAACUGGUUUUUCUAAUCACGUGACUUACAGUGCGCGUGACUAUGUGAGCGGUUGCCCCAAUAAACAACCUCAAGAACGAACAAUGUAUAACCUUUGUGAGAGUAGGUCAUAAGUUCGUACUAUGCACAACAAGAUUACUGACAGUAGUUGAAUAUAGUUACAUUCAAUAGACUUGUUAUUUAUUUUUUAAGACAAUUGUUUUAAAGCAUUUCUUCAGAUUGUAGCAUUUUCAUAGCAGUUAAC